UUCUGCGGAGGUGAAGCUGGACUACCUGUCGAUCAUCAUGGAUCCAGGUGAGGUGCCCCUGGACGAGCAGUGUGAGAGGCUGCCCUACGACGCCAGCAAGUGGGAGUUCCCACGAGACAGACUCAAGCUAGGAAAGUCCCUGGGCCGCGGUGCUUUUGGGAAGGUGGUGCAGGCAGCAGCGUUCGGCAUCAAGAAAUCAUCUACCUGCAGGACUGUGGCUGUCAAAAUGCUCAAAGAGGGCGCUACAGCCAGCGAGUACAAAGCCUUGAUGACAGAGCUGAAGAUCCUGAGCCACAUUGGACACCACCUCAAUGUGGUGAAUCUGCUGGGAGCCUGCACCAAGUAUGGAGGCCCUCUGAUGGUGAUCGUGGAGUACUGCAAGUACGGAAACCUCUCCAACUACCUCAAGAGCAAGAGAGACGUGUUUGUGCAGCACAAGGACUGGGCCCUGCAGACCGAGCCGAUGAAGGAAGAUGCACCGGCAGCAGGAGCUCAGAAGCAGCGCCUGGCCAGCAUGACAAGCAGCGAGAGCUUGGCCAGCUCGGGCUUUGAGGAAGACAAAACCCUGAGCGACAUCGGAGAGGAAGAGGAGGAUGCUGAUUCCUUCUACAAUAAAGCGAUUGCGAUGGAGGAUCUCAUUUCCUACAGCUUCCAAGUAGCGCGGGGCAUGGAGUUCCUGGCAUCCCGAAAGUGCAUCCACAGAGACUUGGCAGCAAGGAACAUCCUUUUAUCUGAGAACAAUGUGGUCAAGAUCUGCGACUUUGGCCUGGCUAGAGACAUUUAUAAGGAUCCUGAUUAUGUCAGAAAAGGAGAUGCCAGGCUUCCUCUGAAGUGGAUGGCCCUGGAAUCCGUUUUUGACAAGCUCUACACGACUCAGAGUGAUGUGUGGUCCUAUGGAGUGCUGCUGUGGGAGAUCUUCUCUUUAGGAGCUUCUCCGUAUCCUGGCGUCCAGAUCGAUGAAGAUUUCUGCCGCAGACUCAAAGAAGGGACAAGAAUGCGAGCUCCGGAGUAUGCAACACCAGAAAUUUAUAAGACCAUGCUGUCGUGCUGGGAGAGUGACCCGAAGGAACGGCCGACCUUUUCUGAGCUUGUGGAGCGGCUGGGGGAUCUGCUUCAAGCCAAUGUGCAGCAGGAUGGAAAAGACUACAUUCCCCUAAAUACCCUCCUGACAUCGAGCAGCCCCGCUGCCUGCUCCAGCUCCUCAUCCUCACACUGCUCUGUGGAGGAAGAGGCUCAGGACUCGGGCUCCACGUUCAGCUAUGAGUGCUCAGGGGGCUUUGGAUACAUGAACACACGGAGGGCACAGGAGUUUAACACAUUCGAAGAGCUCUCGCUGAGGGACAGAGCGCUCCCUCAUCAGGAUUACCAGACGGACAGUGGGAUGGUCCUGGCCUCUGAAGAGUUCAAGUGCCUGAUGUGGAGCAGAGGCAAACCAAGACACUCCUCCUCCCAUUCCUUUGGGUAGGUGUGUGUGGCCAAACACACCCUCUGUGCUAAACACCUGCCCUGAGUGCUGUGCAGGAGAGACCAGAGUGCCAGAGUGGCACAGUCUGGAAUAUACAGUACUGCUAUAUUGGCAUAAUCUGGACUAUACUGCAUUGCUGACGUAGUAGCAGGGAGGUUAAAGCCAUUGCAGUCUAUUACUAUACAUUGAGAGAGAAAUACAUCACAUCAAAACAAACCAUAAUCCAUUCCAAUAGUCAGACUAUAAUAAAAACAGCAAUGAAUUGAUUUUAAAUUUGCAUCCCCAGAUUUGAUCUAUUGUUCUUCAACUGGGGUCCAAAUAGCUACCAACUGAUCUUCUUUGUUACUAAUUCAGAGAGUCAAUCUUUGUGUAAUUGGAUAUUUCAGCUGAUGUAUCCCCCAGUUCGGAGGUAGGCUUGUCUGACAGUUUCUGAUCUGUGUUCUAAUGCAAUGUGGAAAGCUAUCCUGCCUGGACCUUGUGAAAGCACACACACACGCUGUCCUGUACGUGCCAGGGGUCCUGAGACCUCUGCGCCCGUGUUGUUUGGUUGCUCGUUGAUAUCACUUGGCACACUUGGAUUGCAUUCACAGGAAGCUCCUUAGAGUGCACAUUGAGAUCCUUCCAAGCUGCUGGCCUGUGUAAACACAGUUCAAUUGAUAAACACGUUACCCUGCUAUCAGAACGACACUCAACCUGUUCCAUUAACCCUGACCCAUUUGAGCUUGUCAGAGCAGCA